GUUGGAGAUAACCUGACUACGAUCUUUAAGGGAUACGGGCGUUGCUACUUCUCUACGCAUCUAAGCAUCUCUUUCCCGUAAAUGGAGGCCUUCUCCUCGUCCCUCUCGCUUCUCCCGUGCCCUCCUGCUGUCUCCGCUUCGAAACAUUCUUCUCUUAUGUUUUCUCAUGGCCUCUUCCCUACCCCAGUUAGUCGUUGCUUUCGUGUUGCGGCGACUGCCCCGCCGCCACCGAGCCGAAGAGCCAGCGGCAUGAUCAUGGCCUCUUCAGUAUUGGGGCGAAGGACAAUAUCGGAGGGUUGGAAUCUGUCCGCGUCUGGCUCUGCUUGGUUGCCGAGGUUCGACGAGCUCGACACCACAAACAUGCUUCUCAGGCAGCGGAUCGUCUUCCUAGGCUCUCAGGUUGAUCCGUCACUCACUGUUUACUGUGAAUCUACAAAAAUACGGGCACAACUAAAUGAUUACUUUCUAGCUUCCUUUGUAUUGGGUACUUCUUUUCUUGUAGGACACUUCGGAAAUCCCUUAUAACUAAUUGGUAGAUAU